AUCGCGAUACUUCAGUCUUCUCGUCCCGUGAUUUGGUUAGCUCAGUGAGCUAUCAUCUACGCACGAGGAUAAGACACCAGACGUUCUCCAGAGAAGAAGACUUCCACUACACUUUGAUGCAUGAGAAGUUCCCUGACUCUAACUUCCCCCGUCCUUCAAACACAGACACUUUUUAGCGGCCGCCUCUUUAUCUUGACUCUCUUGUCCUGAAACGAGCCGGACGGCGGCGUCAUGUCUCAGAAGUCGCAGUCCGACGGAGGUCAGAAGCACUUCGCUGUGGGUCGGGGGCUCCUGGCCGCCGCAGAGACCUUGAACUUCAGCAUGAACGAACAGCGAUCCAGCCGGCAGAUGGGGGGCGUGGCCUCAAGUGUGGGGGUGGGCAGCGGCAUGGAUAACCAGGACGGCGGCUCCCAGACUUCCCGGCGUGGCGGCGGCGGCAGCCACAUCGGCAACACCAUGAAGCUGUUUGCCAGUUUGGGGCUGUCGCCCUCCGACCUGGACGCUCUGGCUGAGAUCCCUGAAGAGGACAUCAGCGUGGAGACGCUGCCGCACAUCCUCAUGCAGCUCAAGAGCCGCAAGGGGGACACGGGGGAGCGGCGUGGGGCCUCCUCCAUGUCCUCUGAGGCCGGGUAUCGAGGAGGACGGGACAGCUGGGACAACGUGCACAUGGGCAGGAUGGGCGGUCCUUCUCUGGGUCCCGGUUCGGCCCGGGCCCAGACCUCCUCAGACUUUGGGUUCAGUUCUCUGCAGGACGGCGCUCCCAGCCGCGGCUUCAGCUUAAAUUACAGCGGCGGUGGGGGGGGGAGCAGAGAGAGGCCGUACUCGGAGCUUUCCCACCACGACUCCUACAGCGGGCUCGGCAUCGGGCCCCUGGCGUCCGACCCCGGCUUUAGGCAGAGGAGGAUGGGCUCCCCGUCCAACGGAAAGGUCCAAGACUUCUUGGGGGUCCCGCCCCCCAUGUUCCCCCACGUGUGCUCUCUUUGUGACUUUGACGUUCACUCCUCCAUGGAGUGGAACCAGCACACUAACGGACUGCGACACGAUGAGAACAGACGGCUGCUGCUCAACAUGUAUCCAGACUGGGACCCUGGGAUGUCCUCAGGCAGAAGUGGGAGUCUGCUGGACACCCCCAACAUGUCUGCAGGGCUGCUGGGACCGGCACCCAUGUCUGCAGCUCAGACCGCAGGAGGGAUGUCCUCCAGCUGGGGAGGUGGAGGAGGUCCUGGUCCGUCGGUGAAGAACCAGCCUGGUCAGAAUAAGGUGAGGAGCAGAGUGGUGGUGGUGAAGUACGACAGGAAGCCUCUGAGCAACAAGACUCUGUUCUCCUUCACGGAGCCGUUCGGCUGCCUGACGGAGCACCUGGUCCUCAAGAACAAGGCCUUCCUGGAGAUGAGCAGCCAUGAGGAGGCUCUGGACAUGGUCCACUACUACGAGCAGCACCAGGCGUGUCUGUACGGCAAACCGGUCAGCUUUUACCUGUCCAAGAGGCUGCUGGUGAUCCAGAAAGACGAGCGGUCCACCGAGCGGUCCACCGACAGAUCCGUACGUGAGGUCAAAGGUCAGGGCAGCCAGGUGGUGUUCUUCUCCAACCUGCCCAGACAGGAGGAGAAGAAGGAGGAACUGCUGACCAUCGCUGGACGCUUCGGCACCGUAGAGAAACACCUGUUCUUAACCGACCAGGCGUUUGUCCAGAUGGGGACUCCGGAGGACGCUGAGAUGUUGGUGAAGUAUUACAGCGUGAACCCGCUGACCAUCAAAGGGAAACCGAUCCGCCUCAACAUCUGCACCAAAUACAAGACCCUGACUGUGAACAGGAGACAAGGAGGAGACAGUCGAAGCCAGAGGAGCAGUGGAGCUAACGCCUCCUCCUCCUCUGGAACCAGGACCUUCUCCAAACCCCCCAGGACCUCCUCCUCCAGGACCAGAGAGGAGAAGGAGGAGGACAAGCUGAAGCCUGAGGAGCAGCCUGCAGUGGAGGAGGAAGAGGAGGUGUCAGGAGUGAUGGAGGGGGAGGGGGAGGAGGUGGAGGAGCAGGUAACUGAUGGAGACGCGGAGGGGGAGGAGCCAGAGGGAGCAGCAGAGGAGCAGGAGGUGGCGGUCAAACAGGAGGAGGUUCCUGAAGGAGAUGAUGUCACUGAUGACACACCUGGAGAAGUGGGCGGGGCUGAAGGUGAGGUCAGGCAGGAGGUGGAGGGACAGACGGGACGGACAGAGACCAAAGUCUCUGCUGAAGAACCCGAGAACAAAGAAGAACCGGACGCAGAACCGGGAGACGUUUCAGAGACGGUGGAGGGAGAUCUGCCCGCCGACCAGUUUGAUGGAGACUUCCUGGAGAACAUGGAGGACUUUGUGACGCUGGACGAACUGGACGAGGACGAGGACGAGGCAGACGGAGAGUCCGACUCCACUGAUAACACCAGGAGAGGAGGCAUGAGGGUGGUCAACAUCGUUGGCUUCAGACGAGGAUACAACUUCAUGGAUGAGCUGCAUGGACUCGCCAAACCUUUUGGGAAGGUGGUCAAACAUUUGGUUCUGGACCUGAGACCAGAGGCAUACCUCCAGUUCACCACAGAAGAAGAAGCUCGAGCGAUGGCCAGCUUCUAUAAGAGUAACAUCACGGCGUCGGUGUGCGGUCGUCCGGUGAGGAUCAGUCACUCCAUGAGCUACCCGACCAUCCAGUGCGGAUCCAGCAGGGUCGUGUACGUGGGUCAGAUCCCCAACACCAAAUACUCCGACGACGCCUUCCUGAAGCUGGCCGAGCCGUUCGGGAGAGUCAAGAAGUAUUUCCUCAACAGGCUGAAGAGAGAGUGUUUCAUAGAGAUGGAGAGAGCCGAGGAGGCAGAGAGAAUGGCAGAAGACUGCAAAGCGAAUCCUCCGAGGUUCAACGGGAAGCGUCUGACGGUCUACGUCAGCAGGAAGUACCGACAGCUCAAACACGGACAUCGAUGUCCAGACAGAACCAAGAGAGAGAACAGCAGCAUGACGCCUUCAUCCUCCAAACAUCCUGAAGAACCUCCUGCCAAGAAAUCCAAGGAGACGAAACCAGAAGAGGAGGAGGAGCAGAAGGAGGGGGAGGAGGAGCAGCAGGAGGACGUGAAGAGAGAGGAGGAGGUGCAGAGUUGUGAAGACAAGAGAGAAGAAAAGUCAUCAGAGAAGAUUCCUGAAGUUUCUGAUCAGAACCAGAAGAGCUGCCAGGAACUACAGGAGGUGAAUCAAGAGGAGCAGGUGGAGGAGCAGAUGGAGAUGUCGACCAAUCAGAACGGACAGACCGACGCCCCCCCGCCGGCUGAAAACAAACCCAGCGUGGCGUCUCUGCCGCUGCCCCACGACCCCGACACCCCCAUCGGUGUUGAACACGUGAAGGCGGGUUUUUACUGCCGCGUCUGCUUCCUGUUUUACUCCAACGAAGAGACGGCCAAGAAGACACACUGCAGCAGCCAGACGCACUACGACAAGCUGCAGAAACAUCUGGAGAAGGAACAGACCAAAGCAGAGAAGAAGAAAGGGAAGAAGACGAGCACCUAGAAAAACAACUGAUGUUUUUCGUCCGAGGAAGACGAGAGGAAGUGGAACUUUUUAUUCUACUUUCCAUUUUAGUCAAAUAUUCAGACCUGAAGGAGCAGCGUGUCAGACGAUAUAGGAAGUUUAAAAGAUGAACUACGUCCCGUGUUUGUAAACUGAUAAACUAGGAGACGUCCCUCAGAGAGACAGUGUCACAGUCAGCGGUCAGAAGAACCUAAAGGACUCCUGAGGACUAGAAGACAGCGAGUUCUUCUGAGCGACUCUGAGCUUUUCUCUCUGUGAUGAGUUGACUUUUCUUUAAAGUGAUGACGAUGCUGAAAGGCUGCUCUGUGUCUCCUCAUGUUACACGCUGACCCAUUCAAGUCUCAGAGCUGUUGUCAUGGCGACGAUGUUGUCUUGAGAUGUUUCAUGGGAGGUGAAGGGGAAAGAAUCAACGUCUGGUUUGUGUCAGCAGGACUUCAGUCCAGGAACUAUUUCCUGAGGAGCAACCGAAGCACUGGGUGGAAGGAUACACUGUUGUUCAAGAAAUAGUCCCAAUUCAAACUGGUUUUUACUUUUCCUUUCUGUAUGUAAACUGACAUUUUAAAACUUCAGUGUCACACUAUGAAAAAGUGAAUUUCCUAAAAUGUCAAACUAUUCAUGUCUGCUUUCAUCCUCAGAGAACGAUGUGUUGAACUUUUUAUGUUGAUGGACUGUUUGGAUGAUUUAUGAAAUAAACCAGUUUC